GAAUGUAGCAUUUCGUUUUAACCGUGUGUACUGUCAGUAUCGGAGUGCGUAACGUGUUGUGUGUGUAAUGUUAGUGCGUUUACAGCGCGGUUAUUUACAUCAACAAUAGGGCUUUGCGCGCGUGGAUGUGGAGCGUGGCAUGGUCGCGUGCUAACGGGCUAGCUGUUAUUGUUAAUGGGACGCGCGUUUUGGCGCUCUCUCACUGUGUGAAAGUUUAGGCAAACGGUAGUAUUCAAACCGUAUUUUAAUCGUAUUAUCCUCCGUGUGUUGUUUAGAAACAACUUCCUAAACAUUAAUUUAGGAACGCGUGUAAAUGUUAAUUUAAGACACAUCUCCGUGUAGCUUUCUUCUUUGGGUUUCCACAGAUGCAAAUGUGUUGCGAACGAACUAAUUGAAAAUAUAAAUUAGAGCCCGUAAAGAUGUUCGGCUUCCAUAAAUCCAAGAUUUACCGCAGUAACGAGGGUUGUUGUAUUUGCAAAACCAAGUCGUCAAGUUCUCGGUUCACUGACAGCAGCAGAUAUGAGGAAAACUUCAGACUCUGCUUCGGUCUGUCAGAGGAUCGGGUUGGAGACAUCUGCAACGCUUGUGUGCUGCUGGUAAAACGCUGGAAGAAAUUACCACAUGGAUCAAAGAAGAACUGGAACCAUGUGGUGGAUGCGAGGGCAGGACCUGGAUUCAAGCUGACCAAACCCAAGAAAGUCAAAAAUAUUGAUGGAAAGAAGAAAAGUAAACUGAAAAAGCUUCAUAAGUUCAAAAGACAAAAUUCAGAUGCCCACAGCACCACAUCCAGCAUGUCUCCCUCUCAGUCUCCCAGCCACAGUAAUCAAUCUGAUGACGGCUCAGACAUUGAGACCAAACAGAGGCGUCCUAACCCGUCUGGGUUCUCCUUUCUCGACCUGUCCUACUGGAAGAGGCAAAAGGUGUGUUGUGGGAUUGUCUACAAGGGGCGUUUCGGUGAGGUGAUCAUCGAUCCUCGUCUCUUCAAGCCCUGCUGUAACAAGAAGCGCCCAGCUCUGGCAUCCUCCCCGGACUCUCAGAUCUCUCAAACACUUCCUUCCCCUCUUCCAGAGGACAUGAAGGAGGCAUGGUGAUCCAACUAUCGCACCCUUCAAACUGUCUCGUUGAGGCCCUCAUAGCUUUGUCUCCAGUGGUAGACUCUGAUAUCUUCCCUUUGUUAGAUAACUGUAUGAGUUGAGUUUUCCCAUUGCUUUUGUAUUUUUUUUUUUUUAUGACUCUUUUGUAAAAUGUAAGUUUUGUACCUUUUUUUUUUUUAUAUAACAGAAAAGGAGAAAAAUUUGGGCAUUAGGACAUAUUUAUAGGUCUGAGUUAGGAAAUUUAAUGUAAUCCUUUUUUUUUUAUUAUUAUUUUUUAUUAUUACUGUAAAAAAUUUUUUGGAGUUACCAGUGUUUUGUAAAUAUAAUAUUUUCCAUACCAGUGCACCAAAAGACUUCUAUUUGGCAUUUAGUUUCACGGGUUACAGAUGAAUAAUGUAAAGUGCUAUAUCUGUACUUUUAAGCAAAUACAAUGUUUUACCUUGCGGUCUUCUGCUCUGUUAAAUCACACACAUGCAUUUACUGAGAAGGUUUCUUUGGGCACAAUAUUCACAAUGUGAAUUCACCUCAGCUUUUGAUCUGUAAUAUGGACACAUGCUUGUAAAAUCUUUUUUUUUUUUUUUUCUGGUUUGGCAUAAAGAUGUUUCUCGAUAUUUAAAAUACGGUUACGGGUUUGUAAAUCUUUAAAACUAAGAUGCAAAAAUACAUUAUCUCAGAGUAUUUAAACGGUUAUCAUUUACACAAUGGCAUAUGAAAGCAUGCAUAAUGUAUUUGUAGGCAUGAUCAGUUUUAUGACUGUUGGUGAUGUUUGUUUGUUUGUUAUUGUUGUAUGAGAGUGUAAGAGAUAUUACUGAUGAAUUUUCCAACCAGGCUUUACACUGUUUUUAACCACGUUUUUCCGUGUCUCAAUAUUGUACACUAAAGGUAAUCAAAGAUGAAAUUGUACAGUCUUUCAGCCUUGAUGUAUUGACUGCAGCCUUUUGUUUUGUUUUUUUGUUUUAUUGUUGCCAUUUGGAUUAAUCAAAAAUGUCGAUGUGACAGAAAAGCCUUUUUUGUGGUGAAAAAAAAAAAAAAUUGGUUCGGGCUCUGAAGUUUAGCAAGAUUGUAGAGUUUAAGAAUUUGGUUUGGUGGUUUUCAGUUGUAUUUCAGUGUAUUUGAAUGAAUGUUUGUUUUUAUUCACCAGCAAUACUUUGAGUCAACAUUAAUGUUGACGUAAUGCUCUUGUUCUUAAAAUGCAUGAGAGCGAAUACAAGAUGUCGAUAAAUUUCAGGGAAAAAUGUUUUUUACUAUUAAUGUGGCACAUUCUCAGUCAAUGUGCCUUACCAGAGAUUUAGCUGAUCAUUUCAUUACAUUAAUUUGUCAUUUUUUUUUUAACUUAUGCUAUUUAUUCAAAGCUGUCUGUACAAUUAAUGCUGUAAAGAAGUUUUCGUGCACUUUCUUUUUUAUACUUUUUGUAAUAUUUUACCAUUGAUAAAAUUUUGUAUCUCAAUUUUCCUCACAUUGGUAUUUUCAUAAAACUUUUGAAGUAA